AUGUCUUCUGAAAAAUAUCCCGGUUAUGAAGAACUUAUAUCAUAUUUGACGCGAAGCAGAGACAAAUCUUUCUGGAGUUUUCUACUCCGUUGUCGAGACACAAUCCUUGUCACCACUUCAGCUACUUCUCGCAAACAGGAUCUCGAAGGCACCUGGAUCAGUAAUUUCUUACUGGAAGCAAGAAAACUCGGUGAAGAUUUAGAAGAAAUGAAACAAGAAAUUGAAGCCCAUAAAUCAGCACUAUUGCGCCUUCAGCUCGAACUAUCUGAAAUCAACAAAAAAGUAAGGAGGGAAAAUGCCGAAUUCACUAAAAAUUCAAUGGAUGAGGAUUUUGCAAAUUCUGAACUUAAGAGUAAAGUAACAAAAUCAGAACAUGAUAUUGAAGAGAUUAAACAGAAACAAAUUACACCUAAUAUUUCAGAACUUCAUGCUGAUAUGACUAAUAACGCUUCAAAUUCUGAUGUAUAUCAAGAGACAGAGACUCGAUGUGAUGAGAGGAAAAAAGAAGACAUUACCACCGCAGUUAGCAAAGGGAAUUGGAAAAAGAAGCUUAGAUCCCAAGAUAUUUCUUCAGAACUAUUAUGCAAUCUGAAACCAUUAACAAUCGGAGAAGCUUACAAAUCAUGUGACUGA